AUGGAAGACUUUCUAUUUCCUGGAAAAUCAGGACCCACCACUGGCAUCACCCGCAACCCCGACGAUGCCAUGACGGUAGCAAAGGGGUUCGAGUGCGACUCGCCCAUGCAGCUCAACUCGCCACCAGCAGAGCCCCAGACCGACGAUGACAACGACACAGACAUGAACGCAGAAACGCAGUCGCCACAGAAACCGUGCCAGUACACCUCGCGAUUCGCCAAGGCAAACACUUUCAACAACCUCAAGGCGGACGAACAGCCACAGCCCGUAGACGUGCUUGGAGGAGGAGCAGGCAAGGGACACUUCUCAAGGCUGUCGCAGACACUCUCCAAGUCGUACAGAGAUAGUGACUAUACGUUCCGAGAACGUGUGCCCUUUGGAGAGUCCGACGAAUACGUCCCCGGCAUGGACUUCACCCAGCAGCAGGGCGACACCAAGAGCGAUGCAACCACCAACCUGUCGGGACCAGCCUCGGUGGCUUCUCCUCGACGUUCGGAUACCGGAGAGUUCAGGGAUAUCAGCACGGGCUCCAGUUCUGUCGACCUCGCUGCUUCGGCCGCUGCUUCUGUAGACUGGAAGUCUUUGCCCUUCAGCACCCGAAAGAAACUGCGAUCUGCCAUUGCCGAGAUGCAGAUGUCGCCCCUUAACACAGUGUCGUCGCCUAUGUCCAUUUCGCAUAAGGAUGACCAUAUUGCAAACUCACUGUUCUCCCCGCAGUCGUUUGGCCAGAACUCCUACGGCGGCUCUGUGGGUCCCCCUCCCGCUAUCCCCUUUUCCAAGCGACGGUCUCGAAACAACACCCUGCUCAACUCGACCCAAGACUCUGCUUCUUCUGCAGCCUCUUCGCCUGCUCAGAACUUUCUCGCCAAGUUCUCUUCGCCCUCAGUGUCUCGGUCUGCCUCCGUGAACAUGGGCAACAUGACUACCCUGGGCAGUCAGCCCGAGGGAGUGGUGGCCGGAACCCCAUCUGGCAACGCAGAAUUUUCUCUGACUGCUGACGCACUCACUGGUGAAGAGAUUGGACGAUACACUCUGGGACAGAAGAUUGGAUACGGAGGGUUCUCGGACGUUUACGAGGCCGACUGCAAGUCUCUUCGUGGAGGAGAGCCCAACAAACCCAAGGCGUGCAAGGUGGUGAAGAAGAACGCCCGGCUGGCUGCUCGAACCAGCGAGUCUGACCUCUCCAGUAUGGAGUCUGCUGACUCUUCUGCCUUCAACUCUAGACGCAACUCCAACUCUGUUGGCAGUAUUAACGAUACAAGCCGAAGUGCAAUUGUCCCGUCCGAGGAACAUUUGCAGAUGCUGCAGGAGGUCAACAUUUGGCGCACGCUUCGACACCCUAAUGUACUGGAUCUGGAGUAUGUCUAUGAGGACAACCGAGCCAUCUACUGCUUCACCUCCAAGAUUAUGGGAGGAACACUGUUUGAUUUGGUCAAGAAUAACCGACAGGGCAUUGAUGUGGAGACUGCUCGACAAUAUGCCUUCCAACUGGCUUGUGCCAUGUCGUACCUACAUGAGUCCAUGCACAUUGUCCAUCGAGACAUAAAGCUUGAAAACUGUCUCUUGGACCCCCAGGAUGAUGGUUCGUACAACCUGCUGGUGUGCGAUUUCGGCAUGUCUGACUACAUCAACCAGGACGAGGAGCAUGAGAACUCUCGACGACAGAACCGACCCAUUGGUCCCUCCACCUAUUCUUCUACUCUAAGAGGGGGCACUACCACCGCCAAUGGUACUGCUACUCCUGUGCCUUCCACUCCCUCUUCUCAGGGAGGCUCGGUGAAGCGAGACAACCUUGGCUCCCUUCCCUACGCUGCUCCUGAGCUGCUUUCUACAGCCGAGCCCAUUUACCAUCCUUCCGUCGACAUUUGGUCCUAUGGAGUGGUGGUCUACGCCCUCCUGGUAGGUAACUUGCCUUUCACCCAUUCUUUUGUUCCCAAGCUUCGAGGUCUCAUUCAGAACGCUCAAUGGGACCGGGAGCUUCUUAAGAGCAAGCUGGGUGACGGCAACGACGACUGGGUUGAGCUUCUGGAGAAGUGUUUGACCGUGGAUCCUGAGGAGCGUGCCUCUAUUCGUCAGGUUCUGACCUCCUCUGUUUUUGAAUCUCUGGCUGAAGCCCUUGUUAGUGACACUCAAUAG